UGCCAAGAAAUAUUGGAGAGGUAGUGUAGUUUGAAACGGACACCUGCUAAAAUCUUAUAAGAAUUCCACCCAAAAUCUACCCUCAAACCCUAUUAUUGUGAUGUGUCAGUGUACUACAAAAUGUGACAUAUUAACGUGAUAUUGUAGUUCAUCCCCAGUGCCAGUGGAUUUCGCGCAAAUAUUAACCACAUCCACAGUCAACGACUCUCUCGAGCCAAGUUUCGAUCAAAGUGGAAGAAGGUGAGGAGACUAUAUACGCUCUUGUUGGCCUUUCUGUGAUCUUUUGCUAAAAUUGAGAUGAAAAGUCUCAAAAAGUAUUUCUUUAGAAGAAAAGACCAAAAGUAUCCAAUUAAGUGGUAUAUUGUGACCUAAUGUAAAAGUUAAGGAUCGUCAACUAGGUCCAUCGGGAGUGAUUUUAUAGGCACGAAGUGUAGUAAAGCGUUGAAGUCUUUUGUCGCGAUAUGGUUAAGUGGGGCGUCAAAUUCAUUAGAGGUGACAAAGAGAUAAAGACGGGUUUCAAUGCAGCAUUUGUCAGUUGCAUUUAAAAAGUGAAGUGUGAUGCCAUUUGACCUAUCAUGUACAGAAAAGUUAAUAAUAUUAGGAGAUAAGGAGGAUAUAUCCAAGUGCCAUAUGAGAUAUUAGGAGUCAGAAAAUAAGAAGAGAGGAAGAAAAUCAACUUCAAAAGCUCAAUUGAAGCGCAAAGGAGGAGAGAAAUGUGAAUGGUUUACAGGUAAAAUCACUUUAAAGGGGAGACGCAUGUGAUGUGUGUGGUGGAUGAGUAUGUGAUCGAGAGGAAGUGAAGAGAGGCCAGAAGAUUUAAUGGAACUUUUCAGUUCUCUAUCACGGUAAAUGCCUACCCUGGGUGAAUUUACGACGACAAUUGAAACUCCUCUCCUGUAGCAUUUUUUUUUCUCCCAAAGCCCCAACACCUUACAGUCGCAUAAUCAUAUAAUUUAACACACUCUGUGCUUUUGGAGAGACGACGAAGGAGGUUUUUUGAGAUAAGCACACAGUAAUCCCCCUCAGCUUCAGCUGAAAUUCAUACCGUCCGAUGGGUUUUUCUUUUUUUUUUUUGUUUUUCCUUUGAGAGAUUGUAUUAAAUAAGCAAUAGGGAGCAAAAGUGCGAGAACAAGGAGGAGAGGUGCGCGCAUAGUGCAAAGAAGGAGGAGCAAGGAAAAAAAAAGGAAGACACGUGAAUUCAAAGUAAAGCGAAAGAUCGCGAAUUGCCCAUAAAAUAUUCAAAUUGAGGAGAUUUAAAUAAUAAAACAAAUUCUUAUUUUAAAUAAUAAUAAUCGUAAGAUAAUAAAAGAGCAACAUAGUGAAUAAGGUAAUUUAAAUUCUCGUCGCGAAGUUAAUGUGUAACAUGAAAUAGAGGAAAAAGAUUGCAAUAUUGGAUGGUUUAUAAUAAUAUACAAGAACGAGAGAGAGAGGUGAGAUUCAAUACAAGAAGAAGUGUUCAUAAGAGAGAUAGAGAAGAAGCUAAUAAUAAAAAAAAAUCUUGAAUUUGCCGCCAAUGUUAAUGGGAGAGAACAUAGAAACUUAUAUCAUUUAAUUGGGAUUAAAGUGCAUAAAUUAUCUACUCUCUCACUUACUCACCUUCUCACUCACACCACAUCCGAAACUCUCAAUAUGGCUCAGAGCAGUGAAUGAACAUUAAUUUUAAAUUUAUUUAUAAUCAACCAACUCCUCGUUUUUCACAUUCAACUCAUAUAAUUAUUGCAAUAUUUCUCUGUGUUUAUGAACUUGCUAUCAGGACACUGUUUUUUUUUCGUGUACACCAUGUGCCUUUAUAAAGACAAAGACUAACAGUGAUUUUAGUGCCGCAAAUAGAAACACUAAAUGUAAGGGACAAUGAAAGUGGGAAGGAAGUUGUGAAAGAAGUUAGAAACUUUAUAAAGUGAUUUAAUUGAUUUAGAAAAUGAUCUCACCGAAAGCCUUAAAGUCCGAUUCACCCUCCGGUGUGGCCAAUUCGAUGCCACUGGAAUUGACUACUGAAACCAGUACAAAUUCCUCCAAUCCACCACCAUCGAGUCCUCCAAGUGAAUUGGCCACAAUGACCAAUGUCAAUGUGCUAGAUCUGCAGCAUAAGGGUUAUGUGGAGGCGCCCAAAAUUCACGAAAAUGCCAUUGAGGGUGAACAUCUUAUGCCCAAUUCACGGGUAUAUCAUCAAAUCCAGGAAGCUAGUCUGCAGGAGCAUCAGGCAAUUCUGCAGCGAGUUGUGUCCCCAGGAGACCAUCUAAUAGAUGGUCGACUGUUGCAGGGAGAUGGAAAGGAUAGUGGAGAUUCCAUAUUGAUUGUUGGUCCUAAUGGGGAGAGUCAGCAAAUUAUUGGACGACAGAUAAUCAAUGGAGAGCAUCAUAUUUUAACUCGAAAUGAAAAUGGGGAUCAUAUUAUAACGCGAUUUGUCAAUACUCAUGCCACCCAUGCACCAUCCCCAACUUCCAGUCAUCCUCCACAUCAGCCCGAGAAUGAGGGACCAGCCAUUGUGUACUCAGAUCAGCUACCGGAAACUGUCUUGCAAUAUGCUGAUAGUCGCGAUGGGAUAAUCACAAAAGUGCAAUCUACCGGGAUUCCAGAAGGCAUCUACGAGGACAAUCCCGAACAUGUGGCUCGUCAGAGUCAAAUUAUCUAUACACAUGGUGAGGCUAAGAAUCAUUUGAUACCUUCGGGAAAGCCGGAGAUGAGUGAGGAGGCUGCUGAGGGUGGUGAAACUAAUCAACCGGAUGCAUCAACACCGCCCAACGGCGCCCCCAAUGGUACUCUAGUGGGCGACAAGAUGUACGAAAAGCCACAAAUUGAUCUCAUUUAUGAUGAUGGGAACAAGACAGUGAUCUAUACAACGGCAUCGGACCAGAAGAGCCUGGAGCUCUAUGCAGCCGCCACGGGCAAUGAGCUGGGUCUCAUUGGGGAGACGCAUCAAGUGGUGGUGCAGGGAGGUAUUCAGUACACCCAGCAGCCCGGAGCGCCCACAGUGUUCGUGGUGCAGGAAUUAGAUGACGGAGGCAACAUAGUCAGUUCCCACCAACUUAGUAACCCCACUACUAAAAUUAACGGUCAAACCACGCCUCUGGAUGUGUCUGGCCUAUCACAAAAUGAAAUACAAGGCUUGUUGCUCGGUUCACACCCAUCAUCACAGAACAUAACCGUCAAGAGGGAACCCGAAGACUUGCGAAAAGAUCCCAAGUGCUCACGCAGUAGUCAAAAGGUUCUUGUAGUGCAAUCACCAUCUCCAUCGAUCCAAAUCAAAGAACAACCUCCCAGUCCUGGAAGUCCCUCUGCGGAAAAUAUGUAUGCGGCCGCUGGCGGCACGCAGAUUUACCUGCAGGGACCGUCGUCACAUCAAGGCAAUUCAGCGACAUCGGGACCAACGGUGAACACAAAUACUCCAAGUCCUGGUCCAUACGUCUCUGAUCAGUAUGGAAUGUACACGACGAGAUUAGCUGCUGGAGGGUCCACAUUUAUAGCUGAGCCAUACUAUCGCGAAUAUUUUGCCGGAGAUGGACAGAGUUAUGUGGCAACUCGUGCCAUUUAUGAUUCUGACGGGCCACCACCACCGCCACCAUCUCAGGUGCCCUCGUCGGUGUCGGUGACAGUGGCGGCGCCCGGAGGGGGCACAACCUAUGAAGGACGUUUUGCGACGUCAGCUCAUACCAAGACGAGCACUCCCAUCUACGCUAAGGCUGUUACGGCGGCUGGACUCACGGUGGAUCUGCCGAGUCCCGAUUCAGGAAUUGGGGCAGACGCAAUAACACCGCGGGAUCAAAACAAUAUCCAACAGCAGUCAUUUGACUACACGGAACUCUGUCAACCUGCAUCACUUCUGGAUGGAAGCUCAGGCGCCAUUCCGGUCUCUGUGACGAGCAUACAGCGAACUGUUCACGGUGGUCAGGGUAGUCCCACAGGUGGUGUGGGUGUAGGUCAUACACCAUCCCCAAGAUCACGGCCCUGGCAUGAUUUUGGGCGGCAAAAUGACGCUGAUAAAGUUCAAAUACCAAAAAUAUUCUCAAAUGUUGGAUUCCGGUAUAAUCUGGAGAGUCCAAUAAGUUCAUCUCAGCGCCGAGAAGACGAUCGUAUUACGUAUAUAAAUAAAGGACAAUUCUACGGAAUCACUUUGGAGUAUAUUCAUGAUCCGGAGAAGCCCCUUAAAAAUCAGACUGUUAAGAGUGUGAUAAUGUUGAUGUUUCGUGAGGAGAAGAGUCCUGAUGACGAAAUAAAAGCCUGGCAAUUUUGGCAUAGUCGACAGCAUUCUGUGAAGCAGAGGAUUCUCGAUGCAGAUACAAAAAAUUCUGUAGGACUGGUUGGAUGUAUCGAAGAAGUGGCUCAUAAUGCUAUUGCAGUGUACUGGAAUCCUCUUGAUAGUUCGGCAAAGAUAAAUAUAGCCGUUCAGUGCCUAAGUACAGAUUUUAGUAGUCAGAAAGGUGUUAAGGGUUUACCUCUACAUGUACAAAUUGACACAUUUGAAGAUCCACGAGAUACACAGGUCUAUCAUAGAGGUUAUUGCCAAAUAAAAGUCUUUUGUGAUAAGGGUGCUGAGCGUAAGACUCGCGACGAAGAACGUCGUGCAGCUAAGAGGAAAAUGACAAAUACAGGACGAAAGAAGCUGGAUGAGCUCUAUCAUCCAGUGACAGAUCGAUCGGAAUUCUAUUCAAUGCAAGAUCUUAACAAGCCACCUGUUCUCUUUUCACCCGCCGAGGACAUUGACAAGUUGUCGGGUAUGGAGCUGCAGAGCUUCUAUGGGCACGAUGAUCCACUGUCAGGAUCGCAAGAUAUCAAGGGAACUUCUCCUUUUCUGCUUCAUGCAGCCAACAAACCGGUCACACCUACGUUGAAAUUUCACAAUCACUUUCCACCAGAUGUACCAACAAUCCCAAGAGUUGCUCAUGAUGAAAUUGAUUGCAGGGAUAAGAAAGAUCACUUGCUGGACGGCAGUAUGGUACAAAACUCAAUGGGUGAAUUUGGUCAAUCGAUUAAGCGACAAAGGAUGACCCCACCACUCUGCGAUCGCGUUAUGCUUUACGUGAGGCAGGAAAAUGAAGAUGUUUAUACACCACUUCAUGUUAUUCCACCCACAACUGUGGGCCUCUUGAAUGCGAUCGAAAAUAAAUACAAAAUCUCAUCGUCGAGUAUAAAUAACUUGUACAGAAAAAAUAAGAAAGGGAUUACGGCGAAAAUUGAUGAUGAUAUGCUCUCAUAUUACUGCAACGAGGAUAUUUUCCUGCUGGAAGUGCGUCAAUUGGAGGAAGAUGUCUUUGACAUAACAUUUACUGAAUUGCCACAAUGGAUUGAAGACAAAAAUUUAUAAAAAUCACAUUUCCAUCCUUCUACCUUCGGCCCUUUGGAAGAAGUUUUUAAGUAAGGUGAGAGAGGGGUUCUUUUUUUUGAAGUGAAGGGAAUUUGACUACAGAGUACAAUAUCAAGAGAUAAUCUAAUUGCCAUCUUGCCGUGAUUUCAAGUGUUUUACAUUAUUAUUUUUUUUAUUAAUAUUAACUAUUUUUCUAGCAAGUAUUUUUGUGUAUAUUUAGAAUUAUUAUGAGCAAAAAGUAUUUUGGAUUUUAAAAAUGUUAUUUAAGAGGGGCAACAAGAUUUCUAAAAGAAGAAUGUCACUUGUUCCGAAUGGAUUGUAAUUUAUAUAAGUUUUGAAGGAAUUAUCUAUAAUAGGAAUUUGUAUAAAAAGAAGAGUUAUUGAUUUAUUUUGUGCUGAAUUUGGAAAAAAAAUUGUGUAUUUUUUUUUGCUUAGAUCCCUUUUUAUAUUUUGAAAAUGUAAAUAAUUCAUGCAAAAAAAAACAAAAAAGAAAAGGAUUUUCUUUCUCCAAGGGAAAUAUUUAUUUUGUAAUUUUAAACUUGGAAUUUUUAGAAUUUAUUAGUUAAUAUAUUUUUUGUGUGUAUUUUUUUUUUAGGAAUUAAAUGAGGAUGAAUUUAUGAUGAGUUUAUGAAACUUGUGAGAAUUCAAUCGACGUAUUUUUGCCCUCCUUUCAAUCAUCAUUUUCAAAUUGAUAUUGAAGAAAAUUAAAUGAUUAUACGUUUGCUUAAGUAUUUUUUUUAUUAAAGAAUUACGAAGAGUAUCAAAAGCAAGUAUUCUAGCCACAUUUAAAUUAAUCAGUUUAAAUCUGAAACAAAUUUAAGUUUAAGGUGUAAGUUGAACAGGAAAAUAGGAAGGGAAACUGCCAUAAAAUGAGGUGAAAGAUGAUUCAGUGGAAUUUUCUAUUAAAAAAAAAAAAUACAAAAUAAUUGUAGUAAAACAGAUGGAAGAAAUGAUGAGGAUUCUUUUUUAUUAAAUUAUUUUUUAAUGAAAUAUUUAAGUACCUGAUGAGUAAAUCAAGAAUUGAAGAAGAAAAAUAGUGAAAGAUCAAAUGAAAAGUGAAAAAAAAAGAAGUUCUUUUUUUCUCAAUUUAAGAGAAGAGAAGCAAGAGUUAAAGAGUCAGUGGAAGCAAAAUGUUGCUAAAUCAACAAUUUUCUUUGAGUGCCAAUCUACAAUUUAGGAAUUACAUAUCUUCUUAUUAAUUAUUCUUAAUAAUAAAUGCAUUAUGCCAAUUUAAAUGGACAUUUAACCCCUUUUUUUGUAAUUCUCGAUCUCGAAACAAAGUUUUAAGUUCACAAUCAUUUUUUUUCUAAAUAUAUAUAUAUAUAUUUGUAAUUAUGAGAAAUCUCAAAAGAAAAAAAGAACAAAAAUUAAAGAAAAUUUAAGGAAAAAAAAAUUGUGGAUAGGAAAGCAAAAACUGUUAGAAUUAUCUCAUGUUAAAAGAUUUAUUCUUUGUGAAUUUCAUAAAAUUAGUAAUUUUUCUUUAUUAAUUUUAUACAAGAACACUUUUUAUUGAAGAACAUUUCUGCUUAGGAUUAAAGAAGGUUAAAAAAAACAAAAAAAAGAAUCACUUAUGAAAUCUAUUCAUAGCUGGACAUCGACAUAAAAUGACAAUGUUAAUUAUUAACAUGUCUUUUUGUUAAUUAAUUUAGCUGUGAAUUUCUGCAAUAUUAUUUUAUAAAAGAAAAAGAGAAAAAAUAUCCAUAAUGACGAUUUUAAAUCCAUAUAAUCGUAAGGAUUAUAUUGAGAGUAACUUUGUGUAUUUUUUUUUGUCAUAAAUAUUAAGAUAACUUGCAUUUAAUUUUUUUUAAUCUUUUACUUAAUGAUAUUUUUGGUGGAGGAUUUAUAAGUAAAGCAAGAAAGAAAAAUAUCAAGAAAGAACACUCCGAUUUUUCUCAAUUAACAUUUCUUCCUCAACUAAUUCAAUAAAUUCUUCAGGCAAAAUAAAAACAAAAUAAAUCUUCAGACUAUUUGGUACUGAAAAAAACAAGAAAAAUAUUCUAAAAGAAGUAGCUUUUGAUGAUGUUGAAAAUCUUUCGAUACAAGGAUAAUGAAAAAGUUAGUGUAUUGUCAAAUUAAUCUCGAUAAAUUUGUCAAUUUAGUUUUAUGGAAUUUUUAAAUUAGUUUUUAGACCCACAAAUAUUGAAGAGAGAUAAAUAAAUAGAGAGUGUAAUUGAUAAAAAAA